AUGUCUACUUUCAACGCCGUACAUUUAGCCAAGCGUCCUACCAGCGACAUCAUACCCGGCGAAACAUUUGAAGUCAAAGUGCAUCCUACACCUAAAGAAACAGAUCUCAAAGAUGGCCAAGUCAUUUUUCAAAGCAACUACCUAAGUUUAGACCCGGCUAUGCGAGGAUGGCUCAAGGAUGCCCGUUCCUACGUCCCACCAGUAAAGAUCGGUGAGAUAAUGCGUGGCGCUGCCGUCGGCAAGGUCGUAGGGUCCAAAUCAUCAAAGUUUCCUGUUGGCUCCUAUGCCACAGCUACAUGUGGAUGGGCUGAGCUCGCAGUUGUUUCAGACAAAUAUGUCGAGAAGGUCGAGCUGCCGUCCAACGCAAGCAUUGCGGAUUCGCUCGGUAUACUUGGUACCCACAUGGAUUGCAGAAGUCUCUGCGGGUACCUGGAAACCAUUCUCCGUCCUCGGUUCCCCAUAACCUCUUCGGGGGACCUUAUCAAGACGGGUCUGUCCGCACCCAGGUCCAGACUGCAGCCAAUCAACCGCACACCCCUCUUCAAGAUAUCAGAUAAUUCGCACGGUUUUGCGCUAACGACCCAAGGGUUGACGGGACUUACUGCCUAUUUUGGCAUACUGGACGUUGGUCAGGUCAAGGCUGGAGAUUUUGUGGUUGUCUCGGGCGCUGCAGGAGCCACUGGCAGUGUAGUUGGCCAGAUUUGCAAGAUCAAAGGCGCAAGAGUCCUGGGUCUGGCCGGUACUGACGAUAAAUGUGCAUGGCUCAUCAACGAACUGGGUUUCGACGCAGCUCUCAAUUACAAGGAGCAAAAUUUCCCCAAGAACUUCCGUGACGCUACGAAAGGACUCAUUGACAUCUUUUUUGACAAUGUAGGAGGUGAUAUCCUUGACAUGGCCCUAGGAAGAGCGAAACCUCACUCACGCUUCGUUAUGUGCGGUGGCAUCAGUCAGUACAAUGCCGCGGAGGCAAAGGGUCCAAAGAACUACAUGAUGAUCGUUGCCAUGAGGAUUAGAAUGCAAGGAUUCAUUGUGACUGAUUAUGAGAGCCAAUUCGUCGAGGCUAGAAGAGAACUUGCACAAUGGAUGUCCGAAGGCAAAAUCAAGGGCAAACUCCAUAUUGUUCGUGGUGGGCUUGAGAAAGCUGAACAAGCUUUGGUGGAUUUGUACAAGGGGGUUAACACUGGUAAGCUGCUAGUCGAAAUCAAGCCAGAUGCAGAUACCAAGUCGAAGCUAUGA